GCAGUGUGUGUGAGAGAGCUGCCUCCACUAUAACCGGCACAAGCUACACCUGCCGAGCUGCCGCCGGGCCGCUGCAGCUGCCACGCCACACUCCGCCGUGCACCUCCCUGCCGCUGACACACGCGCUCCAAUUUCAUCCUCCCUCACACGCCCUAAUUGACCAUGGCUCGUGUGGGUCUCCUGCUAUUCCUGGUGUGUGCCCUGGUCUCCUGUGUGGCGGCCCAAAACGCUCCCUCUACCGCGGUACAGACACCGGGCGUGUUGGACAGAAUAAUGCAGGACUACGUGAAUCCUUUGAGAGAGUACGACUGGGUUGGCGCCUUCAGGAGACUGCUGGACUCUGUCAGGAGCUACGUAAUACCUGAGGGCAAGGAACCCAAGUCUGGACAAGUGCUGCUGGACGUGCUCUCUCUCGCCGCGACUCACCUCGACUCCCAGCUGGCCCAGCGCCCUUCCCGCGGCAUGCAGGAGGAAGGCCGCUUCUUCAAUUUCAACGACAACGUGAGUCCCAGCCUGGCGUUCUACUCCUGGAACUAUCUGGGCCUACUGUGGCUCUACGCUGGCCUCACCAUCGUCGGCGCCAUCGCCCCGCUCUACAAGUACAUCCCUGAGGAGGAGCUGCUCUACCCAGACUACGAGUUCGAAGAGGAAGCGACGGCGGAGGCAGGGAUGCAGGAAAUGCCAGCCACGAGCGAUGGCCAGAACUACUAUGACUAUGACUAUGGCUAUGACUAUGACUACAACAAUUCCCAAAGAAACAACAUGUCCUCCAACCAGCGACCCGCGGCGACCAACCAGAACAAAAGAGCCUACAAUGACCAAGCUCACAGCUCCACAAGUAACCCGGGACACACGAUGGAUUACCCGCCUCCCAACUAUUACGGGAUCCAGUACUACCCGCCACCACGCCAAUAACUGCACGGCGCUUGUCUCCCUCAGGCACCCUCGCCCACCAGCUGGUUCCUGCAGGUGGGAGCUGUCACUUCCUCCCAUCGCAUAUGCAAGCUGAGAAUUGCUUGUCUGUAUUUCACUCACGGCGGGCACACUGAGGGGCCUGGCUGAGCCGCGGGAGGUGUAAAAUUCUAUCUCACCGAGUCUUGAGGCCACGGUGCUGGUCACGCGUGGCUCAGACAUCGGAUAGUUGUUUGUUAUGUAGUUUGUGUAUUUAUUUAAUUGUUUUCACUGUCUUCUUGUUGAUCUUGUAGACGUGUUCUCUCAGGACGUUGUGGCCUUUGUGCCCUUAUUGAUGAUGAUGGUGAUGAUGAUGUUGUUGUUGUUGUUCUUUGUUAUCAUGAUUGUUUGUAAUAAAUAUUUGAACAGACA